CCUUAAUUCAACACAUUCACAGUCAAUCCACAAAUCAUUAAAAAAAAUAUGAGUGAGCUUUCAUACUCUCUCCCCUCUUGGGAUCUCCAUAACCUUGGAUCACUCUUCAACCAAAACUUCAAUCUAGAUGCAUGGGGGCUCAUUGAUGAAUCGCCGGAGAAUAUAUUCUGUUCACCGGAGAUGGAAAUCGGGGACGUUUCCACCGGAUACCUUGAAGACGCACUCAUUGAAUUCAGUGGGAGAAGCAAACGGAGACGUCUCUCGUUCAACGGCGCCGAGGACAAACCAGAUAACGAUUUAGACCAUUCUCAGAAUCAUUGGGGUCUGUCUGAGAAUUAUAGUUGCACGAGUAGUCAGUUUGCAGACGAAUCUCCAAAUUCUUCCAUCAAUAUAUGUUCUGAAGAAAAAUCCUCAAUUUCGUCGAGAAACUCUUUCGAACCAUCCUCGUCCACGUCAAGUAAGCAUAUUGUAUUUUCUUCCGAAGUAGUGAAUUAUAUGGGACUUUUUCGUUUUUGUUUAUGCGUAAUUGUCCACAGUAGCUAUAAUUAAACAAAUCAAUCAUGAAAUUUCACUUUUAUUCAUUUGCGUUUUGCGUUUAUAAAAUAUUUAAUAUUAAUAAAAUUAUGUGUUUCUAAUCACAUGCAAAGCAUUUUAAACACAAAGUCCGAUCCCGAAUAAACACUGACGUAACACUUGUGCAUUACAGAAAAGAAUGACUAUGACGAGAAGAAGAGGGUGGUGUAUCCAUUUGGAGUGGUAAAACCAGGUGGUCGAGAAGAAGAUAUAACUCUAAAUGACAUUAAUAAGAGGAUUUUAAUGCCAUCGGCUAGGCCGGUUCGACAUCCGGUUGGAGACUUUGCAUGUCGUCCGUGUGUCUCUGCAGAUGGACCGGGUCUAUCAGGCAAAGCCGUGGUUGCAUUCACGAAGAUACAAACAUUAGGGAGGGGCACAAUUACUAUUAUAAGAACUAAGGGAUGAUAUAUCAUAUAUGUAAUUAAUAUUGGCUAUUAGAGGGGGGUCGUUAUAAUAUGUACUGGAGAUGUUUCAAAAAGACUAAUCAUUGGUUGACAUGUUCAAACCUAUUGUUGUAUAUAAUGAGAAAUGGUGUAUAUUAGUAUACAUGCUUUUCCAUUUUCUUAGAAAUCUUCCUUCUAAUUAUUUAGAAACCUCUUAAAAAAGAAUCAAG